AUGGGAGUCUCUGUAGACACCACGGCCUCUUCGAUUGGGACCAACAAUAUCCAUGCAGUCGACAACUCUUUCUCUGCGCAAAGUUCAGGCUGUAGCACCACCUACAAUCUUCCUCAUACCUCGAAAUCCUUGACCAAAGACAGGCCUACUAGCACCAAAUCCUAUUUUGCGAAACGCCGGCUUCUCACUAUCAAAGUCGUGCUCGACGAGACGAUGGCAGAGUUAAGCUUCAUCUCCAAUCAUGGUCUCGAUGAGAAACAGUACGAUAUGCUCGUCAAAAUGCAUGAAGAAGUAUCGGUUGCUUAUCAUCAACUGCUAUCAGAGACGAGAAGUUGUUGGGACUCCUUGAUGAACUCUGGCCGAGCAAAGGAGCUCAAGGAAGAAGCGAAAGAUGUCCGACAGACAAUAAUGCGUGUUUCCGAAGCGACGAAACGGAAGUUGGCGAGGCAGAGGAACACCCAAACGGCUGCUAUUUCUGUUCAACCUGGUGCACCAAGUUUAGCCCUUCCGGAGUCCUCCCUCACUACGAGCUGUACCCAUUGCCAGUGCAGACCGGUUGUCAUUAACAACUUUUAUUGA